AUGGCGUCCUCCCUCCUCUCCACCCCGUCCCGAACCCUAGCCCCGGCCCCCGCCGGCCUCCGGGGGCGGGCGCCGGCCCAGGCGCAGCUCCCGCGCGGCGGCCUCGGCCUCGGCGUCGCCCCCCGCCGCAGCCGCGCGCUCCGCGUGCGCGCGUCGGUGGCGAUCGAGAAGGAGACGCCGGAGAGCGAGCCGCCGACGACGUUCCUCCGCGAGGACGGGCAAGGCGCCGGGUCCGGGUCCGUGCGGGCGCGGUUCGAGGCCAUGAUCCGCCGGGUGCAGGGGGAGGUCUGCGCCGCGCUCGAGGAGGCCGACGGCGGCGGCGCGCGCUUCGUCGAGGACGUCUGGUCGCGCCCCGGCGGCGGCGGGGGCAUCAGCCGCGUCCUGCAGGACGGUCGCGUCUUCGAGAAGGCCGGGGUCAACGUCUCCGUCGUCUACGGCGUCAUGCCGCCCGACGCCUACCGCGCCGCCAGGGGGGAGGCCGGCAAGAACGGGGCCGCCGCCGCGGAUGCCCAGAAGCCUGGCCCCGUGCCAUUCUUCGCCGCGGGGAUUAGUUCGGUGCUUCACCCCAAGAAUCCAUUUGCUCCAACAUUGCAUUUUAACUACCGUUACUUUGAGACGGAUGCACCAAAAGAUGCACCUGGUGCACCAAGACAAUGGUGGUUUGGCGGUGGUACUGACUUGACUCCUUCAUACAUCAUCGAAGAGGAUGUGAAUCAUUUCCAUUCUGUUCAAAAGCUAGCAUGUGAUAAAUUUGAUCCAAGUUUUCACCCAAGAUUCAAAAAAUGGUGUGAUGAUUAUUUUUAUAUUAAGCACCGUAAUGAGCGGCGUGGGCUUGGUGGAAUAUUUUUUGAUGACCUUAAUGAUUAUGAUCAAGAGAUGCUUCUCAACUUUGCUACAGAAUGUGCGGACUCUGUACUUCCUGCGUACAUACCAAUCAUAGAACGGCGGAAGGACACUCCAUUCAAUGAGGAUCACAAGGCAUGGCAGCAAUUGCGAAGAGGUCGUUAUGUGGAGUUCAAUCUUGUCUAUGACCGUGGUACGACAUUCGGCCUAAAGACUGGAGGAAGGAUUGAGAGCAUACUCGUGUCCCUUCCACUUACAGCACGGUGGGAGUAUGAUCAUGCCCACUCUGAGCGCUACUCUUCAAAAUUGGGAGUCGCGCCUGUUUGUGUGGCUGUUUCAUUUCGCGGUCGUCUCCUUUCCCGCGACGCUCUGGCGCUCUGCACUGGCGACAGGCGAUUCCGUCAGGUGCAAGCCAUGUGCUAUCUCCUUGGCCGCCUGCAGCGCGCCGUGCCGGGUGGGCAGCCCAAGCCGCGGGCCCUAAGCUGGUGGCUGCCGCUCCCUGCUGCCAUCGUACUCCGUGUUCGUCCGAGAAGAAAGGGCCGGUGCAGUCGGGCCGGGGUGCAAGCAACUAGCCAAGUCGCAGCACUGAAUCUGGCGUUGGGAUCGAUAUCAUGUGUCAGAUAUGUGGGAGAGAUGAAGGAGAGUGCUUUGAUGCUGUGGUCUCUUGCACAAAAGCUAAGGCUCUGA